AACAAUCGCACUAAUUUCUUGCCCAGGCUCUCUUGGCUAAUGACAUAACCGCCGGCCGCCAUCUUUAAAUCCAAGAUGGCGGCGCACCACCGACCCUCCGUAACAAUAGAAGGUUUCAUGGUCAUUCGUGCGUAUCACGUAAUGCACAGAAAUCAGCAACGAGACCUCACAGCUGCGUCAGUUGUUGUGACAGAAGCACUUAAAGGCAAGGUGGAAUAAUCUGCCUCACCAUAAUUUCAGUGGAUGACCAUGACGUCUUCUGUGCCUUGUCAUGCUCUUCACUCUCCACUGAGCGUUGCAGAACCGUCUUCCUGGCCAUUGAAUCUCACUGUAGAUCUCAUCCUUCCAGUCCACCAGAGCUGACUUCACAUGCUGGGACAGGCAUGACCCUAUCUCACUGGGGUACGAGGCUGCUGGCUACCCUCACCUGGUUUAGCCCACCUGAAGCAGUGGUGUACCAGGGUGUGUCCGCUGUCGCUUGUGAACAGCUACUUAGAGCCACAGGUGGGAGCCGAGUGUCUGGUGACCAAAGAUCCGUUCAUGAUGAUACAUUCCUGAGGAAAUAACUGCAAAUAUAACUUGUCCAGGAAUCGGGAACCACAACAAUUGUUACUUUUGUAAUGUCAAGAGGAGACAAGACAUUAUUUAAGAGAAGCUGCUAAUUGAACAGCAACACCACUGAAACCGCAAACAGCACAAUGCGGAUUAGUUUAUGCCAGGUUCUGCUGACUGGGGCAAUACUGAUUAACCUAGUGGUUCUUUACUAUGUCUCCAGAACACAACAGCAAAUGCUGAAGCACAAGGAGCCAGGGAAGGUUGUAUCUAGGAGGCUGUCACUGUCGCGAGUCACUGGAAUCACCGUGCUGAUCAGAGAGUUUGAAGACUUUGAGAACUGGGUGGUAGGCGUUGCACAGUCCUUCACGAAGGGAAGGGUGGAUCAGCCCAUUGUGGUGGUUGCUGACAAACUACCCUACCCGCCGCUGGGGCUGCCCGAUAAACGGAAUAUUCAGAUGGUCCUGUUGAAAGCAUCUCCUGAUCAGCCACCCCAUGUCGUUAGACCUGAGUUCUAUAUCAAGACAGAGUACACCCUUCUGGUGCCAGAUGGAGUACAAUUGGACUCAGCCCAGCAAGUUGAGCACCUUCUUCAGGAAUUCGAGGCCAACAAAGAGAAAGCCCGAAUGGUUGCCGCCCCCGUUCAGCCUUCGGGAAUGUUUCAAUGUCUAAGCCUGCGGAUUAACCUAAAGGAAUGGAGUGCAAUUUAUAGCCUGUCUGCCGGUCAGUUUUGUGAUGCCAUUGGGGGAGAUGCCGUGGUCCUCCUUCGGACCGAGGACUUGUUCAACCUCUCUCAGCCUAUGCUGAGGCCACUCAUGACCUCCCUCUUCAUUCAGUCUGCGCUGCGCGGCUGGAGGGUGAAGACGGCAGGUAACAUGGCUUUCUCUUCGUACCAGCGCUCUCUGUACAUGUCUGCCCACAAUCAGUGGAAGGCUGACAACAAUGCCAAAGCAAGGUUGGCUCAGCUCUUCAAAGACUUUGGCAUAAAGCGGGUGGUUGAGGCUGACGGGAAGGAGCACUGGUACGGAUGCGGCAAAGACACUCCUCGCUGUUUUGGCACUGUGCAUGAUGACACCCCUGAAUACCUAUAUGAAAACAAGUGGACUCCGCCUUGCUGCCUCAGGGCCUUGCGUGAGACCGCCAAGCACGUCAUCAAGAUCUUGGAAUCCGCAGGGGUCCGCUACUGGAUGGAGGGCGGCACGCUACUGGGAGCAGUCCGUCAGCAGGAUAUCAUUCCCUGGGACUACGACGUGGACUUUGGAAUGUACCUGGAAGACGUGGAGAAGUGCGAGUUGCUAAGGAGCCUGGAUUCGGGCUCAAUUGUUGAUGAGAAUGGCUACUUAUGGGAAAAAGCAGUGGAGGGAGAAUUCUACAGAGUGCAGUACAGUGAAAGCAAUCACCUGCAUGUUGACCUGUGGCCCUUCUACCCCAGGGAAGGCAUCAUGACCAAAAACAGCUGGAUGGAUCACAAGCAGGACGUUGAGUUCCCCGAGCACUUUCUGAAGCCACUGGUACCCAUGCAGUUUGCUGGGGUCACUGCUUAUGCGCCCAACAAUCACAGGCGGUUUCUAGAACUAAAAUUCGGGGAGGGCGUCAUCGAAAACCCUCAGUACCCAAAUCCUGCAAAGAAAAAACUGGAGAAGGUGUACUAAGUGGCGAGGGAGGGAGCUGUUAGGUAUCUCAGAAUGAAAUAUGCCACAGUUAACACAAGGGGGGGGGUUCAGUUGUUAAGAGUUUUUCAAGAAGUAUUCUUGCUCUGUAACGUGAUAUCCCACGUAACUGUGUCUUCUGAGCUGUUUUCUGGUUCCAUGUCCACUGCCUUCUUUGUGCACAAAUGCAGGUGGGUAUGGUUGCUGAGCGGUUGGGAGGUAUUGGGAUUUGAGCUCAGCCUUAUCCUGCCCCUCUGUCUGUUAUCCAGGCGCAUAGUUUUCCAAGGAGGAAAGGCUGCAUCUCCACAGAAGCAGCAAUCCCGACCGAUAAUGUUUUCUCCACUGAACACAGUGUGCUCAAACAAAAGACCUGAUCUGACUUGUUAAAUCCUGUCCCUCUGUCUGUCAUCCAUCCAUCCAUACCUGGCCUUUCCUAGGUAAGGCUGCAUCUCCACUGAAGCAGCAAUCUCCCGACUGACCUGAUUGUCUGUUUCCUCAGUGACAUCAAACAAAAGGUCUGAUCUGACUCAUUAACACAUCAAGUGAUGCAUUUGUCAACUGUCGAUGUAGAGAUGAUUUCAUUCUGCUAAAUCUAGUAAGUGAGACAAUGGAUUGAAUAAACAGAUCAUAGGAUAUAAAGAGACAAACUUGCACAAGGAUCACGGAGACAUCUCAAGACUCUUAACUACAAGAGUUCUCUGUUAGGACUGAACAUAUAAGGUGACCUGAUGUGCAUGCACAACUGGAAGUACUAAGGCACGCGGAACACUAGAGGGCGCUCUCUGACAAUGCAGGGCCUGCGUUGAACAUGUCCCUAUCACAGCUAAGCUUCUGAUGUAUUACCGGACUUGAAAAAUCUGCUGCUAACUCUGUGCACCCACAAUUUGAUGAACUGCACCAUUGCCCAAUAAAUGCAGUGUCCACUCCAAGUAUUUUUUGUAUUGCAUCUGUUCCGUUCACUUUAUCCAGCUAUUACUCUGAAUUUCCCAACAUAGUUCCAGCAUAACUAGUCCUGACGAAGGGUCUCGGCCUGAA